AGUGUUUCACAGCCACCAUUUAAGACCCUAUAACAGCACCAAAAUGCGUGCUCAAUAAGCCAAUUCUUCACCCUAAACAUAAAACUUCACCUCACACGCUCACAAGUCACAACACUACUCUCUCUCCCCAAACCCUAGAUCUUACUCUCUCUUAUAUACAAACCCACCACCCAAAAAAAAAAAAACACUUGAAUUCUCACAUCUUUUGAUCUUUCACUUUCAAUCCUCACAAACCCCAGAUCUGACUGAGCCCCUAAAACCCACAAUCCCAACCCACCAAAGCUCCCACCUUUCACCUCGAUUCAGCUCAAUUUUGCACGAUCGGUGCGGAAUUUGAACAUUCUGAUAGCAACCCAGUUCAGGUUUUGCAUCGUUUCAUAGAAAUUCAGUCUUUUAUAUCCCAAAUGUGUUAAAAUCGAACAAAGUUCGAGUCUUUAAGUUGGUUCCGGGGUUUAGUUUGGUAGGAUCUGCUUGAAUUUUGAACAUAGUUGUUGGGUUUCUUUCAUUAAGUGUAGGUUGAUAGUGAGGAAUGGUUUGUGUUUAUUAUUAGUGAAUUCUGUGUAGUGGGUUUUCAAUGACAAUGCCAUCGGGGAAUGUGGUUUUAUCCGACAAAAUGCAGUAUCCUAGUGGCGCCGGGGCCGGCGGCGAGAUCCACCAGCAGCCACGGCAGUGGUAUCCGGAUGAACGUGAUGGGUUCAUUUCGUGGCUGCGAGGUGAGUUUGCGGCGGCCAAUGCGAUUGUAGACUCACUCUGCCACCAUUUGAGGGCGGUGGGUGAGCCGAGUGAGUAUGACAUGGUGAUCGGGCACAUUCAGCAGAGGAGGUGCAAUUGGACCCCGGUGCUUCAUAUGCAGCAGUACUUUUCGGUGGCCGAGGUGCAGUAUGCGCUGCAGCAGGUGGCGUGGAGGAGGCAGCAGAGGCUCUAUGAGCCUGCGAAAAUGGGGAACAACAAGGACUACAAGAGGUCGAAUUCCGGCGUGGGGUUUAAGCCGAGAAGUGAGCCGGUGAAGGAGUGGCAUAAUAAUGCCAGUGUAGAGUAUCGUAGUUAUGAUGGGAGUGGUUUGGAGAAAGUUGUGAGUGAGACGAGGGAGGAAGUGAAGUCUGGCAGAGAGGCCGGGAAAGUGGAUGAUAAGGGUUCAGCGCUGGGUGCAGAGAAGAAAGGUGAUCUCAGAAAACCUCAUGAAUAUAUCAGCACAAGGAGUUCAGGGAAUUCUCAAGGGACGGUAUCUAGCAAUUCAGGAGCUGAAGACACGGUGGUAAAUGAUGGAUGCACUUCAACUUCUAAAGAUAAUGAAUCACAUUCAAUCCAGAUCCAGAAUGACAAGCAUAAUCUUUCCCUCGUUCCAAAAACUUUUGUUGGCAAUGAGACAUUUGAUGGAAAAACGAUUAAUGUGGUUGAUGGACUGAAGUUGUACGAAGAGUUCCUUGGUGACACUGAAGUCUCGAAACUUUGCUCUUUGGUAAAUGAUUUGAGGGCUACAGGAAAAAGGGGACACAUUCAAGCUCCAACAUAUGUGACGACAAAGAGGCCCAUGAAGGGACAUGGAAGAGAGAUGAUUCAAUUAGGAAUCCCUAUUGCAGAUGCUCCACAAGAAGAUGAUAUAUCUGCCGGAAUCUCCAAAGAUCGGAGGACGGAAACCAUUCCCCCUUUGCUGCAGGAUGUUAUUGAUCGCCUUAUUGGGAUGCAUGUUUUGACUGUGAAGCCGGACUCCUGUAUCAUUGAUUUCUUCAAUGAGGGUGAUCAUUCACAACCUAACAUGUGGCCAACGUGGUUUGGAAGACCUGUUAGCGUUCUGUUCCUCACUGAAUGUGACCUGACUUUUGGGAGAGCACUAGGGAUAGACUAUCCUGGGGAUUAUCGAGGCUCUCUCAGACUUUCUCUUGCACCUGGGUCUCUCCUUUUGCUGCAAGGAAAAUCAGCAGACUAUGCAAAACAUGCAAUUCCUUCCAUCAGAAAGCAGCGUAUACUCGUCACUUUUACCAAGUCUCAACCUAGAAAAUCCUUUCCAACUGAUGGUCAGCGUCUUCCUUCAUCUGGUCCCAGCCAGUCGCCCUACUGGAGUUCACCACCAAGUAGAUCGCCAAAUCACAUCCGUCAUCCUGUUGGUCCCAAGCACUAUGCAGCAGUUUCAACAACUGGUGUAUUGCCUGCACCGCCUAAUCGUCCCCAACUCCCACCUGCAAAUGGCAUCCCGCCUUUGUUUGUGGCUGCCCCGGUUGGACCACCCAUGCCUUUCCCUGCUCCAGUUGUCAUCCCACCUGGUUCACCUGGAUGGGUAGCAGCUCCUAGGCACCCUCCACCUCGGAUGCCUCUCCCCGGAACUGGAGUUUUCCUUCCCCCAGGUUCAGGAAGUUCAUCAGCUCCUCCUCAACAGUUUCCAAGUACUGCAACAGAAAUGAACCCCACUGUUGAGACUGCUUCAACAGAGAAAGACAAUGGGAGUGGAAAAUCAAGUCAUGCAAAGUUGGAUGGGAAAACUCAAAAGCAAGACUGCAACGGAAGUGUGGAUGUAACUGGCAGCGGGAGAGGAAUAGUGAAGCAAGAGCAACAGCAGAACUCUAACAAUGCGGCAGCAAACAGUCAGGCUGGAGCGGUUUAGGAGCAGGCAAGAAAAACAGUGAGAGAGAGGUAGGCUGCAAACUGCAUUGAGUGGGAAGCAAAUGUAAAGAGCGGAAAGAUUCAAGACCUAAAGAUCAUACUAGCAAGAGGAACCGGCGGAAGAUAGAAACUUUAAAGUUCUCUUUGGAUUCCCUUGUCCUCUGUUUCUUUUUUCUUGUCUUGUUAUAUCAAAACUAUAAAACUAGGUCCAAAGCACAUUUUAAAUCACCAUCUUUUGGCUCUGCAA